AUGGGGGACUCAAAACUCUGUCUGUCCCUACUUCUGACCACACUUACCUUGGCUUAUGCCCAAAGGACGGCGGGAAACUGCCCGAUAAACCAAAGGUAUGAAGCCAACCACAAGUAUGAGUACUUGUACGAAGCCGAGUCCUUGAAUGCUAUUAACGGUGCUUCACAGCAGAGGAAUGGACCUAAAGCCACCUGCAAGGUUGAAAUUGAAGUACCUCGGACUUGUAGUUUCAUCGUCCGUACAACCGGCUGUAGCCUGAGUGAGGUGGUGGAUGUCGAUGCAGAGGGCAACCCUGUGUUCGGUCCUGCAGCCAGCUCUGAGAACUUUGCUGCUGAAAUGGAGAGGUAUCCUCUGAAGGUUGUGGUUGGUGACAUGUACGAUGUGAAGCUGUACCCCGAGAACGGUGAGACCACAACCAUCCUGAACAUCAAACGGGGUAUCAUCUCUGCCCUGGCUGUGCCUCUGGUGGAAGAGGACAAGAACAACAACAUGCCCACUGUCCAUGGCAUAUGCAAGACUACUUAUACUGUCAACGCAAGAGAGGAUAUUGCAACUGACAUCAGCCUCACCAGGGAUCUGUCCAGAUGUGACAAAUUUAGCCCCAUGAGAGAUCAUACCAGUCCCUUGGCACUUAUCUCUGGCAUGCACUACCCUCUCGCCCAGAUGAUCAGAAGCACUCAGAACUGCAACUACAAGUUUGACAAUGAGAAGAAACACAUGACUUCUGGAUCCUGUACAGAGAACCACAUCCUCAUUCCCUUCUCUCACAAGGGAGAAUAUGGAGUUACCAAUGUUGGAAAGCAGGAACUAACUCUGAUGGACGUCUCUCCUCACAAUGAAGAAGUCUUUUACAUCACUAACAACAUCAAGGGUCUUCACAUGGAUGCUGUCGAGGAUAAGAGUGUUGUCCAGGAUAAAGAUGCAGGUCUGAACCUCCUGAGAGAACUGGCCGCUCUGCCAGAAACUGAGGGUGAUAAGAGGGCCCACCUUUUCCACAAGCUUGUCACCAUGGUCCGUGCAAUGAAGACUGAGACCCUGAGCCCCGCCGUUCCUGAAGCUCUUGCAGUGUCCCCUGUCCUGACCUACCAGGUCCUGGCCCAGUGCGGAACCCCUGAGUGCAGCAGUGCCAUCAUGCAGAUCCUCAGGACUUUCGACACCUCUUCACUUGAGGUCGAUGCUGGUGUUUUUGCUUUGGGACUCGUGUCCAAUCCUUCUGCCCUCCUGAUCAAUGACAUGCUGGAGAUGGCCAAGUACAAGCCCAGCAAAGCCAUCAUGUUUGCCCUGAGCAAUGUUGUUAAGAGGUUUUACAAAGCUGAGGGUAAAAUGAUCCCUGAGAUUUUCGCUGUUGCCGAGUUCAUGGGCACCCAAUUGGGUGACUGUACUGGAGACAAGGAAACCACUUUCAUGACAUUGAGAGUUAUAGGAAACAUGGCUCCAGCUAUGGCAGCUGCUGGCCCCGCACUCAGAGCUGGUGUGAUCCAGUGUGUGAACCAACCUGCUGCUUCCCCCGAAGUGCAACAGGCCGCCAUCCAGGUCUUCAGGCUGACUCCCGUCCCAGAGGAGGGAAGAGAGGUUCUCAUGCAGGUGCUUUUGGACGGCGCCAGCCCUAUGCAAAAGCGUGUUGCCGCAUACCUGGUGCUUAUGAAGGACCCACUGCCCACUGAACUGUCCCAGCUGGCUGACGCCUUGCCCAAUGAGCAGGACAAACAAGCCAAGAGCUUUGUGAUCUCCCACCUUACCAACAUUCUGUCCUCAACUGAGCCAGAGACCGCAGAGCUGAGACAGAAGAUCCGGGAUGCCCUUCAGGGUAAUGAGCUCGGACCCAUCAUGGACCCCGCCAAGUUCUCUCGCAACUACAAGAUGGGAUCUGUUGAGGGAAACAUGAUCUUUGAAGAUACCAGCUACCUGCCCAAGGAGGUCAUGAUUGAAAUGACUCUGAAGGCAUUCGGUUAUGACAUUGACAUGAUGGAGAUGGGUAUGGAGGGCAAAGGAUUUGAGCCAACUGUUGACGCCCUGUUUGGAGUGAACGGAUUCUUCCCCGACACUGUCAUGAAGACAAUGUCCUUUGUGUCUGACAACAUGCCACUCAGAGUCAAUGAGAUCCUGCAGAACAUGCUCCCUGCUCUGAAGAACAGGAUGAAGAGACAGACCUCCCAGAACCUGAUGAGGGAGAUCGGAUGCAACCUCAACAAACUUGUGAGGGAAAUGAAGGCAGCACAGUCUCCUGAAGCAAUGGUUUAUCUGAGACUUUUGGGAAAUGAGCUUGGAUAUCUGAAGACCAAUGAAAUGGAGGAGAUGGCCUACUCUGCUGCCAUGAUGAUUGACAGCAUGCUCAAGAUGUUCCCAACUGAUAUCAUGAAGGCUCUGAUGACCAAGGUUGACAACUCAAUCUUUGCCCACUACAUCUUCAUGGACAAUGAAUUCUUCCUGCCUACUGCCACUGGUGUGCCUCUCAGGAUUGCACUGUCUGGUACUUUCACCCCUGGCAUCAAGGGUGGACUUCAGAUUGCUCGUGACAUGAGUGAAGUGACCUUCAUGCCCUCCUCUGGCAUUGAGUUUGUAACUCAGAUUGGCUCCCACAUCCCUGAAUAUGUCAACACUGGAUUAGAGAUGCGCACCAACCUUUUCCACGAGAGUGGACUCAGUGCCAAGAUCUCCAUGGAGCCCAACAAUGUCAAGCUGACCAUCCCUGCUCCAAAAAAUCCUACAAAGCUCAUCCAAAUCACAAACACCCUGGUGGCAGUGACUGGAUCAGAGGUUAAGACCAUCCCCCCUAUGGUGAUGGACAAGGUUGAUGCCAGUGAGUGCACUCCCUUCUUCGCUGGAAUGAAAUACUGCACUGCUCUGCAGUACACUGAUGCUUUCUCUCAGGAGACAGCCCCCUACUUCCCCUUCACCGGAGACAGCAAAUUUGCUGUGGAGCUCCAACCCACUGGUGAAGUCACUGAGUACACAGCCACAAUUGCCUACGAGCUCCUGAGGGAGGGAGAAGAGGGCCGGCAGAAGGUUGACUCUGUGAAGUUUGUUCUCAGGGCUGAAGGUGCAGAGCCCACUGAAGCUACAGCACUUGUGAAAUAUAACAGAAGAAAGAAUGUCAUCACAGCCGACAUCCAGAUCCCUGACUUUGAUGUGGAGGCUGGACUCAGACUGGGUGUUGUUGAUGGAAACACCAAGGGCAAAGGAACUCACUCCAUCUCUCUUGACCUGAUAAACAAGAACAUUCCUCAGCUCUCCCUUGUUGGCCGCGCCAAGCUGAUGGCCAUGAAGGAAGGUAUGCUGCAAGUCCAACUUCUCAUCCCCUCUAUCAACGCUGAUGCCACUGUCACAGCCAACAUGAAACGUGAAGAAGAACUGGAGUUGGAGCUCAAGAGUGAAAUCAAGCUCAUGGAUGCCACCUCUGAGCAGACAAUCGCAAUGAAAUACGAUGCCAGCAAGAUUGAAGUUGAAUUAAAGUCGGAUGUGAACUCUGAGCUCCCAGACAUCCUUCCAUACACUGACAAGAUUAAAAAACAUGGUAAUGAUAUUCUUGACAUGCGGGUAGGGGAGUCUGACAUGACAGUCCUUCAGUUCUUCAAGGCAUUUGUGGAGGCUACUAACAACCACAUGGAAAUGUAUGGUGUGGAUAUCCCUUACAUUAAAAGCUUCAGAGUGCCUGAAAUUCCUGAGCUUUCACUGCCAGAGACACUAUUCCUCAAUUCUGAGGCGAAGGUUGUCUACUACUUCAACAGUGAGCACUUGACUAUUGCUCUUCCUCUCCCUCUUGGAGGAAAGUCAACAGAAGAGCUUAACUUCCCACCAGCAUUGACCACACCUAGUGUGUCUCUACCCCAGUUUGGACUGGAGAUUGUCUCCAUGGAAAUUCCCAUCCCAGAACUUUUUGUCCCUGAGAGCCUGACUCUGUCCAUUCCUCUUUUCGGCAAAGCUGAGGUUUCAACUCUGAUGAAAAGCAACAUAUAUGACAUGGAGGCUUCAAUGGCUGUCGGCAAAGAUGUUGUUGAGACACCAAGCUACUCAGCUAAGUUUGAUGUGAAAGGAACCAGCCCACUUGACAUCCUCUCAAUAAACAUUGAAGGAUCUGGAAGUUUGGCCACCACUGAUUCCCUCAAGGCCACUCUGAAAAGCUCUUUGUCCCACAAAUUCCUUGAAGCCAGUGUUAGUAUUGUUGAGGAUGCAAUCAUCACAGACAAAAUCAGUUUGAAAUCAAGCAGCAAGAUUGAAGCCACAAGCCCAUUUGAUCUCAAGAUUGUGCUUGAGCACAAUGGGAUGACUGGAAUCAACGCUGAAGAAAUCUCUGCUGAUAGCAAAUUUGAGGGAAUGUUCACUGCUGGGCCCAUGUAUGGCAAGACCAUUUCAAACCAGGCAUUUGCCAUCUUCCCAUUCAGGCCAGAAGCAAAGAUUGAUUCUACUGUUCAGAUUGACUCCACCAUUGUUAGGGCCCAGAACACAAUUGCAGCAACUCUUGCCAAUGGUGAAUUCUCAGUUGUGUCCAACACCAAUGCCUUUGAAGACAUCUUGACCAAUGUUGCUGAGCUUUCCUUCAAAGACAGCAAGCUGUCACUGAAAUGUGACACAAAUGCCCUUGCUCUUGGCAUGAAGAUCCGCAACCAGGCUGAAGCCGCUGCUGGUGCCGGUGAAGUCGCCAUGAGAAUGGAGACAAAUGCAGACCACACUGAAAACCGUGUUUACUCUCUGCUGACUGCCUCUCUUGAUGUCAAUGGUCUGGCUGUUAACAGCGAUGCCACCUUCAAACUCCUUGAGAACGAAGCUACUCACAAGGCUACUCUGAAAAUGAACAAGGACGGUUUGACCACAAGUGGAACAAACACCCUCCAGAGCCCCCUGUCCUUUGAAAACACCUUUGAUGCUGGGCUUGAUGCUUCAAAGGCUUCUCUGUCCAUUAUCAACAAGGCCGCAAUGCGUGACAUCAAGGUCGAUAAUACCAACACUCUGACCAUUACUCCCUCUAGCUUUGACUUCAACUCCAAGGCUGAAGCCAUCGGUAGCGAGUAUGCCUCUUACACUCAUGAUAUCACCCUCGACCUGAAACCCUACACUGCUUCUGCAAAUGUCAAUAACAACCUGAAAGUUCUGGCAGCCAACUUUAUUAAUGAGGCACAGCUGCAGGCAGAGCUUUACAAGAUUGACCUGACUGGAAGCAUGAAAGCAAUUUAUGGUGAGGAAGAGAUCAAGCACACUUAUCAGGUAAAUUAUGCUGAUAUGACAGCUAAUGCCAAGUGCAGCACCACUGGAAAACUCUUUGGAACUCACACAAACCAGAACACUGAGCUUGAGAUUGUCGGUCUUGCUGCCAGGAUCACCAACGAUGCCCGCUUCAACUCACAGCCAAUGCGCUUUGACCACUCCAUCCGUUGCAGCAUUGUGCCUUUUGAUUUCAACCUUGAUGCCGUUUUUAACGGUGAUGGAGACAUGACCAUGUAUGGAAAGCACAGUGCCCAGCUCUAUGGCAAGUUCCUCCUUAAAGCACAACCCCUGGCUUUUGCUAGCUCACAUGAAUGCAGAGCAUCAGUAAACCAGCAGCUAGAUAACGGUUUUGCUCUUGAGACAACAUUUGACAACAAAAUGGAUACUGUUGUUUCACCCCAAGAGCAGAAGACCAGUUUUAGAACUAAGUCUAAGUUUAAUGACCAAAUUCUCAGUCAGGACUUGAGUGUUUACAACACUGCUGAGAGAACUGGAAUUGAAGUUUCUGGCACCAUCCUCACAAAUAUCCUCAACACAGACUCCACAGAGAACCAGGAAUUUACUAUCUCUGGCUUCCUCAAGUAUGACAAGAGCACAAAUUCUCACAUCAUUCAGUUCCCUCUAAUUGAAAGUAUUCCUUUGUUCUUGGAAAGCAUCAAAGGCAUGUUUGUGAGUGUUGCAGAGACACUGCAAGACUACCUCAACAAUGAGGAGCUAAGGGCUCAACUUGAGGCUCUUCCCCAGUAUGUUGAUGACUUUGUUUCUCAGCUGAAUGUUGAAGACAAGGUUUUUCAGCUCAAGCAGUAUUUCAAUGAUUUUACUGAAGAGUAUUUCAUCUCGAUGGAGGAUGUGGAAGCUUCUUUGAGAAACCUGAAGAUUACUGUUGAGAACCUGCUGGCUGAACUCACUCUUUACAUCCAAAGCUUUGCUAGUAUGGUAAAAGAGAUAAUUGUUAGUGGCACCCUCCCUGAAACCCUCAUUCAGAAGUUCCAGGAACAGCUGGAUGCCUUUAAUGAGGAGUUUGACAUCCAGGCUAUGGUCAUGUAUGUGAUUGAUACCAUGACAGAGAUAAUCCAUCAGAUCGACCUGGAAAAACUGAAGGGGAGCAGCAUCGCAUUCCUGAGUGACAUUGAUGCUAAGUAUGAAAUCAAGGCUAAACUUCAGUCAAUCAUGGGUGAUAUUAAACAAGUAAUUGAGAACUUGGACAUGCAAAAGUUAGUUGUUGAGCUGAAAGAGUACAUUGAGUCCAUCAACUUUAAAUAUUACAUUGAUGAACUAGUGACUCUGAUUCCCACAGGCGUCUUCAGUGAUGUAUCAGAUUACAUUAGGGAAACGGUUCAGGACCUUGACAUCCUAGGUAAAAUCAACACAAUUUAUGCCAAGAUGAGAGAACUGGUUGUAAAGUUUGAGGCUGACAAAAAGGUUCAGGCUGUCUUGGAAAAGUUUGCGGAGCUAAUCAAGCAGUACAGAGUUGAGGAAACUAUCAGAACUGCAGUCAACAUGGUUAAGGAUGCAGACAUCCCUACCAAAUGUAUGCAAGCCUUCCAGAGUGCUAUAGACUACUUGAAAACAACUGAGAUUAAGGAUAUUAUUUCACAGUUGAAUAUAUAUAUUGGCAUUAUUGAGGAGAAAUUUAAUUCAUUUGAUUAUAAUCACUUUGUAGAUCAGACCAAUCAAAUGAUGGCUAAGUACACUGCUCAUAUCAAUGACCUGAUCAGGUCUCUUGAAAUACCCGAGAAAGUUGAGGCAACAAGAAAUUUUGCUAACUUUGUCCUAACAUCUGUUCAGGAUUUGGUGGAGCAAGUGAGAGAAAUUAAAAUUGCAGAAGUUGUAGGAAAUGUGAAGGAUAUCUUUGACCAGGUUGUGUUAAAUAAUGUUAGGGGAUUUGUUGAAUUUAUAAAGCAUGAAAUUUCAGAAAUGGAUGUCAACGCUGACAUUACCUCUUAUCUGCAGUUGGCAAAGAAGUGCUUUACUGAUUUCAUGACCACUGCUACUGGUGUGUUCACCAGAAUGGUGGAGAUCAUUAAGGAGAUGGCACCCCAGCAAAAAAUUGUCAGUGAGAUAUUGCAGAUGAUUGAGGGCCUGAUGACUGAACUGAAGAAAGCCGAGCUGAUCAUACCAUCUUUUACCAUCCCUCUCACUGAUCUCGUUGUGCCUUCCAUGAAGUUUAGCAUGGAUGAGCUUCACCAGUUUGAAAUUCCACCACAACUGGACAUCCCUGAAUUCAUUAUUUUGGGCCGCCAUACCGUGCAAGCCACUACCAUCUCAACCACUGACAUUAAACAGAGAAUCAUUGACUUCAUUGAUUUAAUUCUCAACUUCGAGAUGAAGAUGUUUGAUAUUGGUGCUGUCUUUGGAGACAUGACUAUUGACUUCCUUCCUGCCCUCCCUGAGUUUUCACUUCCUGAGAUUUCAGUACCUGAGUUCUCAUUUCCCACUCUUUCUCAAGUUCCAGCAGAGAAACUUGUAAAGACUCUCGAACUCCCCACAUUUAAGCUGCCAGUCAUUCCCAGUGAGAUUACGAUUCCAGCAUUUGGCAGACUGAGUUAUGAGAUAAAGGUCAACUCCCCUAUUUACACCAUUAGGAAUGCUGCUGAAGUCCAGAGCUCUCUUGAUGUUGAUGACACUCCUCAACUGACAGCUUUUCUGACUUCCCAAGGGUCAUCUCUCAGUUUUGAAAUCCUUAACUUCAACCUUGAUUCCACUGCUCGUAUCGCUGUUCCCAAUGGAGAGCGUGUGAUUGCUGCUGAGACCCUUAAGUUCACUCACAAUUUCCUUGCAUUGGACCACCAUGCAUCUGUGAAAUUUUAUGACUUCUCAGCCCAGGCCUCAGCCAAGACCAUUGUGAAGGCCACCACAGCACCUUACAAUGCUGAGCUUUCAAAUGAAGCUUUCAUAGCUACCAAGGGUGGUUUAUCUGCCACUAUUGAAACUUCCUAUAAGCAUGUGCUCAACCUCCCCAUCAUGGGCCUUACUGGUGAGACAUCUGCAACUCAAAAAACUGUGGCCCGCCAGGAGGCUACCUCUAUAACAAUAACUCUUGCAAAUCAGGGUACUACCACCUUUAACUCUCAUGACAGUACCCACAAGAGUGACUUGCAAGUUACUGUCAAUCCAAGCACAGUCAAGAUGACAUUGAUGAGUGAAACAGAUACAGUCUUAUUGAAGAUGAGACAGACCCUAAGUGCCGACUUUGACAUUUUCAGCCAUUUCAAGUUUGAUAUUCGCUCUGAGGCAGGAGGUCCCACAAUCAAAAAUAACCUCUUAGUGGGAUCAGUAAAUGCCAAUCUGCGUGACAUGGAGCUUGAGCUGAAGGCAAGUCAUAGCACAGAUUUAAUUGGUGUUGUCAAUGGAGCACUGUACAAUGUUAUAGAUGUUGCUCUGAGUCCCAGAGAGAUUGUGUUCAGCUUUCAGAAUAGAGGAAACACCAAAGUCAUUUUCAAUGAUGUUUUUACUGCUAAAAUUGACCUGCAGAAUGAUUACUCCGCAACAUUCAAGUCUGACAUGCAAAAUAUCAACACCGUAGCUCUGGCCCGUAUUAAUCAGCAAAAACUGUUCUGGAACUUCACUUUAGACAACAAUGAGGGGGAGGCUGCCAUUCUUGCUGUUGUUGAAGGAGAAGCAAAUCUUGAUCUUCUGACUAGACCCAUCAGCAUUCCUGAGAUUUAUAUUCCAAUUGUUGACCGGUAUACCCCAGCUAUUAGUGAUCUUGACUUGUAUGACCAAACUGGGCUGAAAAACAUUUUUACUACCGCUGAGCAGGCUGUUAAUGUUGAUGCCAAGAUUGUUUACAAGAAAAGCCAGGCUGCCCCCAUUGUUGACAUGAUGGGUCCAAUCCAGAUUCCCUCUAUGGGUAACCUGAUCACAGAAGUGUCCGUCAAGUCUGCCAUCAUUAGUCUGAAUGUCAAUGCUGGACUGUACACUGAAGAUGAUCUUGUGUUCCGCCUGGGAGCUUCCACAGCCUCUGUGUUUGAGAGUCUGAAAGCCAAACUUGAUGGAACCACAAGCCUGACAACCAAGAGAGGAAUCAAGUUGGCCAAUUCCCUGUCCCUUGAAAAUCCGCACAUUGAAGGCACUCAUGACAGCACCAUCAGCAUGAGUACUGAGACUUUGGAAACUGCUAUCUCUGUGGCUACUGUUGCAAAGAUUUCCCUGCCUAUUCUCAACCUGGAAGCAAACCAAAAUUUGGUUGCAGACACCAAAGCCAAAGCAAAUGCUGUCUCCACCUUGAGCAUGAAGGGUGAUUUCAAUAUCCCUGUGAUCAAGGCUGUUGGAAAGGCCGAGGCAGAACACAGCCUGAAGCUGGAGGGAAGCUUUGACUAUGUUUCCAUGGAGUCAGCUGCUAAGGCAAACAUGGAUGGCACAGUGCUUGAAGACUAUCUACUUUUGGGAGUCCUGGAUACUGACAUGAAUAUGUACCUGAAUAACGAUGGCCUGCGCUCCACCUCCAAGGUUAUUGCCGAUGCCAAGCUCAACCAAGGCACCAACAAAGUCAUUGGCAUGGAUGUAAAUGAGAACCUUGCUGUUGAAGCCUCCCUGAGCCGUGUGUAUGCAGUGCUGAAGUUCACUGGAAACAAUGAGGCAAACAUGUUCAAUUUCAAUACCCGUGGAAAACAAGUUGUCCAGACAACCAUCGAUCUUGCCCCAACCUCUUCUUUGACUGCUGAUAUUUUGAUUGACAUUACUCAGCCAAGCAACCUGGGUGACUUCACCAUCUUCCAGAAGACUGUUGCUGAAGUGACAGCUGCCACACAGAAGAUCUCUGCCAAUGGCAAGUUUGUGAGCCCACUGUACACCACAAACCUGGCAGUCGAAGUCGAGGGCAGCGCUCCUGUCUUCAAUGUCAUCUUGAAGUCCUCUGCCACCUCUGUUAUUGUCUUCCUGGCAUAUGACCUGGACUCUUUCAUUACCAUAAACUUUGAAAAUGCUGGCAUAAACCUGACUGGAAGGGCACUUUUCACCCAUACCGAUCUGACAGUGGACUUUCAACCCGUUCUUUCCCAUACUCCGAGUGACUCCAGUCUCACCCUGAAUAUGGACAUGAACAGCCCUGAAUUUACUGACAUGAACUUCCGUUAUGCUGUCCGCAAAGAUGGAAUCAGUGCCACAAUUUCUAUCCCAUCUACUGGAUUUCUGGGUCUUCAGCUCCGUGGCAGGAUCCCAGCUCAGAUGAAUGCCAGGCUUUAUGGUCGUUAUGCUUCUGAUCCUGGAAAGGAUGUUGAUGUCUUCACUGUCAGAGCUUCUGCCAAGGAUGUUGAUAAAAUGAGUCUGAAGAUGGUCAUCAACAUGGACGCCCCGGACAUCAUUCUCAGUGGAGUACAGGAAAAGCUCCCUGCCAUCAUCUCCUGUUUGUCUAGCUUUGCUGAGAAAUACCAGCUGUUCAAACAUGCUGCUCAGUUGAAGAAUAUUGUUAUUUAUUAUACUGAGGAAGCCCAUAACAUUGCAAACGACCAUGCCCCACAUCUGAGCCAGGUGUCUAUCCUCUUUAGGAAUACUGUUGCUCAGUACCAGAAGAUCUUUCAGCUCUUCCUGAAUGAUGCCAUCAAGGUCCUGAGGGAGACCCAGGUCUCACUGUAUGGCUCUGGGGAAACAAUCCCUCUCAUUGAAUUGAUCAAUAAGCUAACCACCAGCUUUACAAGUAUGCUGGAGAGGGCAAUGCACCUGGUGUCCGUUAAUGUAGAAUCUUUUUUCAGUGCCAUGUUGGACAUGACCAGAAAGAUCCAGGUCACAAUGCCCAUUGGUGAUGUCAUGGCUGGAGCUAAAAUAAUUGACAAGAUUAAGGCUUGGUUUAAGACUAUGCCCAAUCCUAUUGUAGAUCUUCUGAAGAACUUGGAGAGUCUAGAUGUCUUCCUAGAGAAACUGGGUGACACCUUAAAAUUCUUUGUAGAAAAAGCUCAAGACUUUGUUGACAACUCCCUAAAGUCUGAUUUCCUUGAUGCCAUUGCUGUCUACAUCAAUACUUUCUAUGACAAGUAUGUAAGCUUAAUGAAAACCAUCACCAACUAUGCAAACACAGCUGUGGACACUGCGUCUAUAAAUGGAGCCAUUGAUUACAUUCUGGAGGUUUUCAGAUCUGUAGUGAAUCAAUUUUACCACACCGUUACUAACUAUCUGCAGCAGGCUCCUGCUGAAUUCAGGCCUUAUGUACAAGUUAAGGGUAGAAAGCUCGAGAUUAAUCUGUGAGAUUAAUCUGCGAUUCAACCUUCAACAAUAAGAUCAAAUAUUUAAAUACUACUCCUUGAAUUGCUUCAGUAUUCUCUUGUUCAAUACAUAAAAAAACAAGAUAGAUGGAAAAAAUACCUGACUAAGUUAAGUUAUCAUGUUAGUUUUAUUUAAAAAAUGGAUGGGAAAAUAAUAGAUGAGCAAAUACUAUUGUCAUGUAACAAUGGUGCACACAACUACCUGUAUACCAUAUGUGUUGCAAGUCU